AUGUGCUCAGGAUUUGGAAUCUUCGGAAUCAGUUGGGGAGACUUGCCGUCGUUGAAAGAGAAUGAUUCCGAGGAUAUGUUAGUAUACGGUAUACUUAACGACGCCUUCAACGGAGCCUCUGAAACGUCAUCACCGUCGUCGGACUUGAGCUGUCUCAGCGACUUUAACGACUUUUCGGCGGUUAAAAUGGAACGUUCGGAGAAUGUCGCAGCGGAGACGGAGAAUCCGACGGCGGUGGCGGCAGAGGCAAAUGGAAAGCAUUACAGAGGGGUGAGACAGAGGCCGUGGGGGAAGUUCGCGGCAGAGAUACGUGAUCCGGCGAGAAAAGGAGCGAGGGUUUGGUUAGGGACGUUUGAGACGGCGGAAGAUGCAGCUUUGGCUUACGAUAGAGCUGCUUUUAAGAUGCGUGGUUCCCGCGCUUUGUUGAAUUUUCCGUUGAGAAUCAAUUCCGGUGAACCCGACCCGUAAGGAUCUAGUCGAAGAGGUAUUAGUCCUCUUCUGGAAACGGGAAACCGAAGUGGAGGAGAAAAACAGAGAAGGUCUCGUCAGAGUUGUCGCAGGUGAAGUGCGAGGUUGAAUAGGAGACACGUGUCAGUCACUUGUUUGGUACCGUUAGUUUGAUGUGUAUUUUAUAGUUUGAAAGUAAAGUGUUCCUUUUGUAAAUUAUCUGAUACAUGAUGGCUGUAACUGGAAAUAUAUUUUAUGAAUACUCCGAAUGAAAGGAAUUAGAAAAAUUGGAUGUAAACGUUGAAAUGGGAGCAGUUACAAAAUGGAAUGAGUAA